AUGGCUGAUACUUUGGUUUGUGUUAGACGAGUGAAGCAAGAAGCAUCCGAAGAGUGGGAUGAGAGCAUGCCAUUGCCAGGAGACAUAAUUGAAGGGUUUGCUGAGACUAACGCAGAUGAGUUAUUUGUGCCAGCUAAAGCCAAGUCUGAUCUGAGUUCGCAGCUUGGAAAGAUUAGCCCGCAGACUGAGACAGUAUGGUUGAAGGUUAGAAGAGGUGAGAGGACGCUGAAGCUCCGUGCCAGAGUAAUGCCAGAUAAGAGCGCAGUGCUACAGAGAAGAUUCACCAUUAAAGCAGCCAAUGAUGAUAGGCAUGUUGCAGUUUUAGGAGACUUGACCUUGGAACAAUGCAGAGAGCUACAAGAAAUGAGCAGGAAAGUAGUGAAUAUGGAUUCCUGGGCAUUUAGCAAGCGGGGAGUGAAGUAUGACUGGAAGAUGAAAGUUGAUAACUAUCUACCGGACCAGCGAUCUAGUGUUGUUAGUUCUAUUCUGUUCAUGCCUCUACAAGGUGAACACAGCAUUGAAGCCACUACAGGCAGGUGCAUGGCCUGGUUUUCAGCAGCAGUUUCUUCAGGAGUUCCUAUUGUGUUUGUCAAUAUCCAAACAGAACAGACUCUAAAUGUGGAGAAAACUUUAUGCACAGGCAAAGAAUUGAGUUGGGGUGGGCAGAAAAGCAAUAAUACACCUGUUCAGAUAUUGCAAGGGAUAAGACUAUGGUUUCUACCUGGAGUUGCAGAAAUUCUGCUUGAAAUGAUACCAGAACCUGGAGAAACUCGUUUUGGAAUGGACAUCAAACGAAUUGAUGAGGGCUUUAUUUGUGUCUGCUCAGUGACCAAAGGUUCAGCAGCUGAACGUGCUGGCCUUAGCGACCUAUUUGAAGAGGCAAAUAAAGUCGGCCACCUACUUGUGGUUUCUCGAUUAGAAGGAAAGAGCCUAAUGCCUUCAAGUGUCUGCUCGAUGGGGCUUAUACACUGUUGUGAUCAAAAUGAAGUUAAGGACACUCUCAUUUCUUCCAUUGACGAAAUGGAUUCAAUUCAAAUCCACCUCAUGGCCUGGCCUAACCAGACUCAUUCUAGCAACACUAAAGCAAAUGGUGUUGCAAACCUUCAACCUCCAAAGGGUCUUUGA